AUGUUGCACAACGAGCCACCUGUCAAAGCCGUAUCUUACUGGCACGUGUGCAAACAUGGGAACAGCCAGACCCUAGGCCCCUUCCUCAACACACUAGCACUCGAGCGUGCUCCCCAAAGACUUCAGGACGCGUCUGCCAUUCAUUGGUUCGGUCAAGUAUACGGCCUGCAUUCAAUGAGGCAUGGUGCGGAUGAGGUCGGCUGGGGCCAUGGCUCAUGUACAAUACCACAGGGCAACGUCCUAUUCAACUUACCGGACCAUGACAAGUAUUACGCGUCCUACCCCGCUGAUGGGUCGAUAUCUCUGGCUUGCGGAAACCAUUGCUGCCAGGAGUUGUGCCACCCAGGCGUUUGCCGGCUCUGCCUGCUGCCUGGGGAGGCCGGGAGCUGUCCCUGUGGACAGACAUCAUUGGAGAAGCUUCUCGAACUGGGCAGCCCAGAGCGCAAGAGCUGCACAGACCCCCUGCCCACUUGCACCAAUGUGUGCGGGAAGCCCCUGCCGUGUGGCUCAGAUGAUCUGGUUCAUACCUGCCCGGCUAUAUGCCACGAAGGGCCCUGUGCACCAUGCACAGGUGUGUCGACCAUUGUUUGUCGAUGUGGAUGCAAAACUAAGGAGGUACCCUGUGUGGAGGUUCAAGAAAAAGGGCUGAGCUUCAUUUGCGACAGGCGGUGCAACAAGAAGAGAAAGUGUGGCCGACACAAGUGCAACCAAGUGUGCUGCGUGGAUCCCGAGCACGCGUGUCCUCUGAUAUGUGGUCGCACGCUGUCGUGCAAGCUGCACAAGUGCGAGGAGCCCUGCCAUCGCAGCGACUGCCAGUCGUGCUGGCAGACAAGCUUUGAGGAGCUGAUGUGUUACUGCGGAGCUGAGGUGUUAUUCCCCCCAGUGUCAUGCGGCACAAAACCACCGAGUGCAAGCAGCCUUGCCCGCCAGCAUGAUUGUGAUCAUCCAGUGUACCACACAUGCCACAGUGAUGACAAGUGUCCUCCGUGCACAUACCUGGUCGAGAGGUGGUGUCUUGGCAAGCAUGAGCUACGUCGUAAUAUCCCAUGCUACCUGCGGGAGAUUUCAUGUGGCUUGCCCUGCCAGAAGACUUUACCGUGCGGACAACACAAGUGUGCCAAGGCCUGCCACCGUGGAGAGUGUGUGCCCAGAGCCCUGGCAGAGCCGGAUGGAGAGCCUUCUGCCGUGUUGGGGUGCGGUCAGCCCUGCACGAUCCCUCGGUCAGGCUGUGCCCACCCUUGUGGCUCCGUAUGCCACCCUGGGCUGCCGUGCCGGACCUCGUGCAAAGCCGAGGUGACACUGCUAUGCAGCUGCAGUCACAGGAAGGAGAAGCUUCCCUGCUCACAGUCCUCCUCCUCCUACCAGCGAAUUGCUACAAUAGCAUUGGUGAGCAAGCUCUCGGACAUGCAGAUGGGAGAGUGCACGGAGCUCGCCAAAUUGGUGACUGAGAAGGAGGCGCAGCAGUCCAGACUGGAAUGUACAGAAGAGUGUGCUGUGUUGGAGAGAAACAGACGGCUGGCAGAGGCCCUGAACAUUGAUCCAUCCACCAACCCCUUCAACAAAGCAGUUGCCAUGAAAUACUCUGACUUCUUGAAGGAAGAGGCCAGGAAAGAUUUGAAGUUUGUGCACGGAGUAGAAGACGAAAUACGCAAUCUGGUAGAAGCCACGAACAAGGGCAAACACGCACGUCGCAGCCACUGCUUUCCGCCCAUGAACCGUGACCACCGGCGCGUGAUUCACGAGCUGGCCGAGAGCUACGCGCUUGAGAGUCUGAGCUACGACAAUGAGCCCAAGCGCAACGUUGUCGUCACGGCCAUCAGGGGGAAGUCGUGCAACCCAAGCCCACCCCUGUGCGCCCUGAUAGAGAGGGAGCUGGGACCCAAGCCUCCUCCCCCGAUACCACACCACGCAAAUCGCCUUGACAAGCCGGCGUCGGAUGUCCCAGCAGUGGCGAAAGAUGAACCUACCAUCGACUACUUCGACAUGCAAGAAUGA